AUGACUUUCCAUACUACGUCGAACCUGAACACCAAUAACACGAAUUUACCUGCAAAGGACGACAUGAGAAAUGAGAAUGGAACAUUCCACCCGGGUACGCGCAUGCAUCCUAGAUUCCUCCCAGAAAUGAGAGUUAACAUUUUUGACAGUUUACAUGAAAGCUAUCAUCAUUUCCAGAUGAAGCCAUUAUUAGACCCCUUUGUGGAGGCUAUAAGGUCACCUCUCGGUCCAUUCAUUAGUGUACGAUCAUGCGAAGUUGCCUUUGAUCUAGCGGUUUCAUUCCUAAAUUCUGAUGAAGAAGCCAAAGCAAAGAAUGUGUCAUACCGAAGAUGGAUUGUGCUGACAUCGGGGUAUUUCAUUAUCUUUCUGUGCCAUGGUUUUGCCUUCAAUUUGUCCGUCCUCAUUCCUGAACUCCUCCGUACAUUUGGGAGGAGUAAAGCAGAGACGGCUUUGGUUCAAUCAUUCACGGCGGGAAUGCUUUAUAUAGCAGGAACACCGUGGGGGAAGUCUGUGUCCAGGUACGGAGCAAGAAUUACCGGGAUAACUGGAAGUCUGUUGGUCACACUUGGUCUGGUCUUUUCUUUCUUUGCUAAAGGCAUCCCUCAUCUUAUUGUAACGCUCGGUGUAGCUUCAGGAAUUGGCUUCUCUGCGACUUUUAUAUCCGCAUCAACAAGUAUCGGAGAAUACUUUGAAGGGAAAUCUAAAUUAACGGCUUUGGCUUUCCUUACAUUUGGAUCAGGAUGUGGUGGAGUGAUAAUCCCAUUUAUGAUGAAAACGCUCAUAGACGAGUAUGGCUGGAGAGGCUGUUUACUCAUAACAGGAGGACUUAUGGCAAACAUGGUGUGUUUCUUUGCUGUUUGCAAGCCAGUAUCGGUUGGUUUUUCACAUACUAAAGCAAAUAACUUUGAAGAGAACUCCAAACAGAACAAUUUUACUACUUCUCUUAAAUCAGUGGUCGCCAAUAAGGUUUAUAUCGUACACGUAAUAGCCAUGUGCUGCACAAUUCCGGUUAUCAACUCUUCAUUGACGUUCAUGAUCGAUUUCUUGAUGACGAAAGGAUUUGACUCGGAGACUCAAGUUAUACUGUAUAUCUGUUUAAAUGUAGGGGUCGCGUUUGGUGGAGUGUUACCAGGACUGCUUAAAAGGUACAUACCUCACACCAGCGUCCUUUUUAUUCCCGCAUUUUUCACGCUCGUUGGAACAACAGUAUAUUCUUUCCUUCCUAGUGCAGAAACGUAUACCCAUCAUGUGGUCCUCCUAGUCACUCUUGGGGUGGCAUUAGGUGUCAGUGUCACCACAGUGACAAUGACGACAAUGAAACUCGUUGGACUACAUGACUACACUGUUGGACUAGGAAUCUUGAUGACGCUCCUUGGUAUCAGUAACAGUAUUGCCGGGCCAAUUGCAGGUUUGUUCGCAGAUCUGACUGAAUCCUACACUCAGCCAUUUCACGGAUUUUCCAUAGGCCUUGGCGUGGCAUCUUGUCUGUUUGUGUUUGCUGGUAUACUUAAACGGAGGACAAGGACAACAAAGCACUGCGAUAAUGAACUCAAUAUCACUCCUUAUGCGAUAUCAAAUAUCUCCUCUGAAACGAGGACGACCGAUUUCAAUAUUCAUCACACUGCGUUCAUUUAGGGAAUAAAGCUCAUGAGGCCUGAAGAUCUAUCAUAAGCGUUAUAAAUAUCCAAGUGUGAUUCAAUUAUUAACUAAAGAGUCCGGCGCAAUCUGUGUGACCUUUUUAAAUCGUAUU